AUGGAGGGAGACGUUAUGGACAAAGUGGAGGCCACGACGACGGUCCGUGACUUCGAUCCCAUCAGUGGGAGCAUCCCGGCCACCAAAGUGGAGAUCACCGUGUCCUGCAGGAAUCUCUUGGACCGAGACACUUUCUCCAAAUCCGACCCAUUGGUGGUGUUGUACACGCAGGGCGUCGAGUCCAAACAGUGGAGAGAGUUUGGGAGAACAGAGGUGAUAGACAACACACUAAACCCAGACUUUGUCAGGAAGUACAUCCUGGACUACUUCUUUGAGGAGAAGCAGAACCUGCGCUUUGAUGUGUAUGAUAUUGAUUCUAAAAGUCCAGAUCUGGCAAAACAUCCAACCGACGUUAACGACUUCCUGGGACAGGUCUACUGUACACUGGGGGAGAUCGUGGGAUCACCUGCCAGUCGCCUGGAGAAACCUCUAGGCGGCAUACCCGGGAAGAAAUGUGGGACCAUUAUCUUGUCUGCUGAGGAGCUGGGAAACUGCAGAGAUUACGCAACCAUGCAAUUCUGUGCCAACAAACUUGAUAAAAAGGACUUCUUUGGAAAGUCGGACCCCUUCAUGGUCUUCUACAGAAGCAAUGAAGAUGGCACGUUCACCAUCUGCCACAAGACUGAAGUGGUGAAGAACACGCUGAACCCUGUGUGGCAACCCUUCUCUAUCCCUGUCAGAGCGCUCUGCAACGGAGACUAUGACAGGACAAUCAAAGUGGAGGUGUAUGACUGGGACAGAGACGGGAGCCACGAUUUCAUUGGUGAAUUCACCACCAGCUAUAAAGAGCUAUGUCGAGGUCAGAACCAGUUAAAUGUCCAUGAGGUGGUGAAUGCCAAGAAGAAAAUAAAGAAAAAGAGAUACAUCAACUCUGGGACGGUAUCCUUGUUGUCAUUCAAUGUGGAGUCAGAGCACACCUUCCUGGACUACAUCAAAGGAGGGACUCAGAUUCACUUCACAGUGGCCAUUGAUUUCACUGCAUCAAACGGAAAUCCGUCACAGUCCACUUCACUGCACUACAUGAACCCGUACCAGAUGAAUGCCUAUGCCAUGGCCUUGAAGGCUGUUGGAGAGAUCAUCCAGGACUAUGACAGUGAUAAGAUGUUCCCUGCCCUGGGAUUCGGUGCUAAGCUUCCCCCUGAUGGGAGGGUCUCCCAUGAGUUCCCUCUGAACGGCAAUGUUGAGAACCCGUACUGUAACGGCAUGGAGGGGAUUCUCGAAGCUUACCAUCAAAGCCUUAAGACGGUUCAGCUAUAUGGACCAACCAACUUUUCUCCUGUUGUUAAUCAUGUGGCCAGGUAUGCAGCAGCAGUGCAGGACGGAUCUCAGUACUUUGUUUUGCUCAUCAUUACUGACGGCGUCAUAUCAGACAUGGCUCAGACCAAGGAGGCCAUAGUGAAUGCAGCUAAACUCCCCAUGUCUAUCAUCAUUGUUGGAGUUGGCCAAGCUGAGUUUGAUGCCAUGGUUGAGCUGGAUGGUGAUGACAUCAGGAUUUCCUCCCGGGGAAAGUUGGCAGAGAGAGACAUUGUUCAGUUUGUCCCGUUCAGAGACUACAUGGACCGCACAGGCAACCACGUGCUGAGCAUGGCGCGGCUGGCUAAAGACGUGCUGGCCGAGAUCCCUGACCAGCUCAUCUCCUCCAUGAAGAGCAGAGGCAUUAAACCCAACCCCGUCCCACCAGGUUACUCGCCUGGAGACCAACUGCAGACCAAUCUCGUAUGA